AUGUCUGAGGUGCGAGAAUUCGAGGCAGAGCUUCAGACUCUGCUAGAGAAUCGGCCUCCCGUCUCUCUCUCCAAGAUGCAAUCGCUCAUCAGAUUGGCCACAAAACAUUCAAAGCACUACAAAGAAGUCGUAGCUGCCAUCGAAAAGUUCGGUCAGACCUGUCCUAAAGAAUACAAGCUUCCAACGCUAUAUGUCGUCGAUGCGGUCGCUCGGGCUGCUCACAAAGCUGGAAAUCAAGAACCUUUUGUGCGACGAUUUGAAGAACGUCUGGAGAACAUGUUUCAAUUCAUUGCUCAUGCUGAAGGCAAAGACAAGGACAAGAUGAAGAGGGUGGUUUCGUUGUGGAAGCAAAGUGGCUUGUUCAAUACCGACAUGUUGUCCAAUAUUGAACAAGUUUUUCUGACUGGACAGCCUCCAGCUGCGCCUCCAGCUGCUUACUCAGCCUUUGGCUCUCCAGCCGUACCUGCUGCAUCGCCCUUCACACCCUCAGCAGCUCCAGCUCUUGGAUUUGGUGGAAACAAUCCAGAUCAAGUUGCUGCGGUAGCUCAAUUGACGCAACUUCAAGCUCAAAACCCUGGUGCAGACAUGACCACUCUCGUGGGCAUGAUGGGUCCAAAUGCUGCUCAUCUGGUUGGUUUGAUACAACAAGCUGAGCACCAGCUGGUACAGCAAUUCAUCGCUACCAUGGGUUCUACACCUGAAGCCUUGAAUCAGUCCCUAGUCGCUGCUGCUCAGACAAACCAGAUACCAAACCUCACUGUGGGUUUAUCUGGUUUGCCUGCAGCCCCUUCAAACAACAACAACAACUCGAACGGCUAUGUCAAGCAGGAAUCUUCAAAGAGAAAGGCUUCCGCUGACGAAUCUGGAACGCUGGACUUUGAUUACGAAGAAGUAGAAGAAGCUCCAAGGACUCGACAACCUCUACCGACAUCCACACAACCAGCAGCUGCUAGCACUACAAGUCAACCAGCUGCUGCUACAACAGCAACCGGUCGUCAACGAGCAUGGAAGCCCAUUUCAGCAAACACCGCAUCAUCAGCAACAUCAACUCCUGUUGCUGGUGCUGCUACCACACCCAUAUCCGCACAACCUGUACAGCAACACAUGCCAGAUCCCACCAUGGGUGCUUCGACGGCUGCUCCUCUCCUUCCAGGCCAAAAAACUGUUGACAUUACGAACUGGGAUGGUGAUGGCACUGCACCUCCCAGACCCGAUCCCAACCUUCCUUCCAACAUGUUGCGAGUGGUGAGCAGGACCAUAUACGUUGGCGGCAUCACUACCGCCAUUACUCGAGACAGACUCAAGGCAGUAUUCGAGACGUCCGGUCGUGUCGACACUGUGAUGAUCAACUAUCCCAAGUACAAUGCCUUUGUCAAGAUGUAUACACGGGCAGAAGCUGCAGUCGCCAAGGAUGCUUUGAAUCGCGUCAUGGUGGAAGGAUCUAUUCUCAAGAUGGGAUGGGGAUGUGGAUUUGGACCCAAACCAUACUUUGACUACAACGUUGGAGAAUCAUUCAUUCCCAUCAAUGAUUUGACUGAAAUGGAUAUCAAAUGGUUGAUGAGCUCAAAAAGAGGUGGUGGGACUAUAGAAGGUGGAAUGGUUAUAGAAGAACCAGAUGUUGGCUACGUUCCACCUUCUGGUCAAACAGGUGGCCCAAGUGCUGCAGCCAUCUUCCGUGCCACUCGUACUGGUCCACCUCCGCGUCAUGAAUCUGAUGGACGAGGAGGAGGUGGUGGCUAUCAACGAAACAUUCCGGUAAUGGCUGAAGGUGGAGACUCGUACCGACCAGCCCAUUCCUCGUCCUCUCACGCAUCUGGUGGUGGAGGAGGAGGAUACUCUGGUGCCGAUUACGGUGGAUAUGAAUACGAAAGCCAAUACGACUAUAAUGCCUCAGGUGGUGGUGGUGGAGGUCAUGGUGGUGGAGGAGGAAGUCACUACUCUGGAUCUGGGGCCGACUAUGGAGGCUAUGAUUCUUCAUAUGGUGGUCAAGGGUAUGCGCGAGGCUCUAAGCGUGGAAAUGAAGCGCAGGCAUGGUCUGGUCAGGACAAGAGGGGCAAGUAUCAAUGA